ACCGUUGGUCUGCCUUCCUAUGUUCUCGGGUCUCACAGGUUGAUGGAGACAGUUGGAGCGGUGAGGAGCUGGUCCGGAUGGAGACGACGGGGGAAAGUACUUUGACCCGGUUCUGCUGAAGACUUUCACUGUUUUCUCAUCGGAUUUGUUGUAUUUUCUAACUUCCCAGCGUUUUUUAUCUCUUUACUGUCUGAUUUGUGUUUCCUUGGCAACACAAUCAACUAUCCGAGCGAAGUUUGGAUCAAGUGUUUGCCUACCAUCAGCAAUAGAAACGCUGUAAUUUAGCGGCGAAACUAACGGAACCUGCUCCAGAACUUUAGAAAAACCUCCGUGAGGGAGGUUCCGACCCGGUCCAGCUGGUUUUUACCCGCCUUUCUUCUACUUUUCGGACUUACCGUGGAGACCCGGACAGACAAUAGUAGCUACGGCGGAGCUCGUGCGCAGAGGAGAGGGCAGAGGGGGGAAGAGAGGGGGGGGCGAUGCUUUGAUCCGGAUCGAUCGGCGGAUUGAUGAGUGAUUGAUUGAUGACCAAGCAUGGAUGUGACCCUGUCCGAGCUGCUGGCCUCCUUCAUGGAGUCUCCUCUGGUGCUGUGGGUGCGCACGCUGGGUCCGCUGGGCUCCGAGGAGCGGGUCGCCAUGUUCAUGGAGCUGGUGGACGGUGUCUUCCUGCACAAGGUCAUGACCCACAUUGACCCCAGUCCCACCAAUCAGAGGCUGAACAAGAACGUGAACAACGACGUGUCGCUGCGCCUCUACAACCUCACGGUUCUGACCCGGCACAUCAGAACCUACUACCAGCUGCUGGGCUGCGCCGUGCAGAGCGAGCGCAAGGAGGAGAUGAUCGACAAGAUCAAGCUGCUGGACAUCCAGACUCAGGCCGCCAUCGUGUCUCACAUCCAGGAGGUCACUCACAACCCGCUGAACGUCCUGGACCUGUCCUGGAUGGAGGAUGGAGCUGAGCUUGUCCCUGAGGAGCUGGAGCCGCUGUCCCGCAACAUGGCAUCGUCGCUACGGCAACUCAUCGACCAGCGAGACAAAGCCACAGAGGCGAUCCUGGACCUCACCCUGGAGAGGGACUACCUGUCCGACCAGCGGCCCCUGGAGGGAGGCGAGAAGCCGGGCCGAGCCCCGAAGAAGGGCGGGCCGUCCGGAACCGAGCCGACCCAGGAGAAGAAGCAGCACCUGGCUGUGGAGCUGGCCGACACCAAGGCCAAGCUACGCCGCUACCGGCAGGAGCUGGAGGAGAAAACAGAACAGCUGAUGGAUUCAAAACACGAGGCGGAGCGUCUGGAUCAGGAGCUGCAGAAACUCAAGCAAGAGAACCAGUCGCUGUCCUGCGAAGCCCGUUCGGUCCGAGCGUACCGGGACGAAGUGGACGCCCUGAGGGAGCGAGCRGCGCGGGCGGACCGGCUGGAGGCGGAGCUUAGCCGCUGCAAGGAGCGGCUCAACGAUGUUCACUUCUACAAGACCCGGAUGGAGGAGCUGCGAGACGACAACACGACGCUGCUGGAGACCAAGGUGCUGCUGGAGGAGCAGCUGGCGGCCGCCAGGGGGCGCUGCGACAAGCUGCACACGCUGGAGAAGGACAACCUGCUGCUGCGCGCCAAGAUCCACGACCUGGAGAUGGAGCGCGAGGGCGAGCGGCGGCGGCUGGAGGAGCUGUUGGAGGAGAACCUGCUGCUGGAGCUGGGCCAGAAGCAGAGCAUGAACGAGUCGGCCCAUCUGGGCUGGGAGCUGGAGCAGCUCUCCAAGAACCACGACGGCCUCGCCUCAGAGAGUCGCAAGUCUCUGGUCCACGAGCUCAAUGAAGGCGUCUCCAGCCGGGUUCUGAAGCUGGAGAAGGAGAACCGGGAGCUGCAGGCCUCCAUAGAGAGACUGAAGGAGGAGAACCAGCUCCUGCAGGAGCAGCAGCUGCACACGCAGGAGCUGGACCGGGAGAACCAGAGCCUGAGCAACAAGCUGGACCAUCUCCAGGUUCUGCUGGACCAGGAGAAACUGACCAAUCAGGACAUGGAGACUCUGGGGGAGGAGCUCCUGAAGGAGAAGCAGAGUCUGGAGCGAGAGAUUCACGCUCUGCGGGCCGACAAGGACCGCCAGAUCUCGGAGCUGCAGAGCGAGCAGCAGCACCUGUCGGAGGCGGUCAAGGCCCUCCAGGAGCGSGCUCAGUCCAGCAGCGAGGCCCGAGUCCGGGAGGCGGAAGCCAAGAACCGCCUGCUGCACCAGAGCGUCACGGACGCCGGCUCGCGGCUGGCCAGCCUGGAGGCGCAGCUGAAGGUGGUGAGCGAGGAGGCGGAGUCUCUGAGGGAGCGRGCGGGGCGCUGCGAGGAGGCGCAGAGGGAGGCGGCCCGUCUGGAGCGGAGCAGGGAGGCUCUGACCCGAGAGGUGGCGACGCUGCGCUCCUGCAGCCAGCAUGCUGAGGCCCUAGAGAGGCAGGUGACCUCCCUGCAGCAGGAGGCGCUCCGCCUGAGGCGCGAGGCCGAGGAGGCCCAGAAGGAGYUGCAGCGGCUGGCCCAGCAGGAGGCGCAGAACAGCCUACUGUCCACGGAGAACCUGGAACUCCGCCUCUCCAUGGAGAACCUGCGCUCCUCCUCCGCCCGCUUGCCCACACUGCAGGAAGAGCUGCAGGGGGCGCAGAGGGAGACCCAGGAGGCCCAGAGGAGUCUGGAGGAGGCCAGGGAGGAGGCGCAGGGAGAGAGGAAAAGGGCAGAAAGGCUGGAGCUGAACCUGUCGACUCUGAAUCAGGAGAAACAACAACUACAGGAGCAGCUGGAGAGGAGCAGGGAGGAGAAGCUCGAAGCGGACGGGAGGGCCAGGGAGAACCGGAGAAGGGAGGAGGAGCUGAGCCGGGAGGUGGAGGACCUGAAGGAGGAGCGCAGAAGAAGAGAGGAGGCAGAAGAGGAGAGGAGGAAGCUUCAGUCAGAUCUGGAACAGGCAGAGAGGAGCCGCAAGCAGCUGGAGAAGGAGAAUCUGAGAGUCCGAACGCUGCAGGAGGCCAAGGAGCUGGAGCUGGAGGAGACGUCCAGCCUGGCCUCCGCCUCUCUGAAGGAGGCCGCCACCCUGAGGAGGGAGCUGGAGCGGCUGGAGGAGGCGUCGGCUAAAGCCAAGGAGCUAGAGCGGGAGAACAAGGAGCUGCAGAAGGAGGCUACCAUCGACAAGAAGACCCUGGACACCCUGAGGGAGGAGCUGGUGUCUGAGAAGCUGAAGGCCCAGCAGCAGAACCUGGAGCUGGAGAGAAUUGACGAGGAGCUGCAGAGGAUUGGACUGAGCCGGGAGACACUGCUGCAGCAGGAGCACACACUGGAGGACAGGUGUCCGGAUCUGAACCUCCAUCAAAGCCUGAAGGAGGAGAUCGGCGGCCUGGAGAGGAAGCUGGAGGAGAGCAACGCCSUGAACGAGUCCCUGCGCCGCCAACUGACAACCAAGCAGAAGGACAGCUCCCAGCAUGCCUCGGUGCGCGGUGCCGCUCCUGAGCUGCUGCGCUUCCAGGAUCAUCUGAUCGCCGUGGAGAAGAGCAACGCCUCCCUGCAAACGGAGAGUAGCUUGCUGAAGGAGCAGCUGAAGCAGCUGGAGAGCCAGAACAGUUCCCUCAACAGCCAGAUGGCGGCGCUGCAGCGCCACGCCUCCACCCUGCAGGAGCACAACGCUGGCCUGCACACCCAGACCGCCAAGCUGCAGGUGGACAUCUCGGCCGUGUCCUCGCAGAGCGCCUCCCUCAUGGCCCAGAAUGCCGUGCUGCAGGGCCAGGUAGGCGCCCUGGAGGCCGAGGCCGAGUCGUGGCAGCGGCAGCGCGACGAGGCGUGGCGCGCCCGCGAGAACGCGCUCGCCGAUCACGAGCGCCUGCUGAGCGUGCACGAGAGGCAGGCGCACGAGUACGAGCAGCUGAUCAGCCAGCACGCAGCGCUGAAGGGCCAGCAGAGGGCGCUGGAGGGCGAGCACCGGGCGUUGCACAGCAAGUACCAGGCUCUGCUGCAGCUGAAGGACCGGUGGGAGGAGCAGCAGGAGGCGCAGCAGCUGAAGCAGGAGGUCCAGAAGAACCGACUCCUCCAGCAGGAGAACCUGCAGCUGAAGUCUGAAGUGGACCGACUGACCCAGAACCAGAACCAGCAUGCCGAGCACAACCAGAACCUCCAGCAGCGGCUUAACGAGCUGAAGAACUCGUUAAGCUCGGCUCAGCAGGAAGUGAGCCAGUGGACGGCCCGGUAUGACUCGCUGAUGGACCAGAACCAGAACCUGGACCUCUCCAUGACCAAACUGGACAACCACUGUGAGCUGCUGAGCCGCCUGAAGGGGAACCUGGAGGAGGAGAACCACCACCUGCUGAGCCAGAUCCACCUGCUGGGUCAGCAGAACCAGACGCUGCUGGAGCGCAGCCUGGAGAGCAAGGAGCAGUUCCACCAGGAGCACAAGCUCUACAUAGACAAGCUGAACGCGCUGCGGCGGCAGAAGGAGAAGCUGGAGGAGAAGAUCAUGGACCAGUACAAGUUCUACGACCCAACACCCAAAAAGAGGAGCCAGUGGUCCGGAGCCAGAGCUCUGGUUAAGCUCAUCAAGCCCAGGAAGGAGAACGGCCGAGACCAGGACCAGAACCGAGAGCGGACCCGGAGCGCUCCGGACCCCGCCCCCCACCGCACAGGAAGUGACUCGCUCAGUAACCAUAGCAACCAGAGCAGCAGCCCGGGCCGAACCGCCCCCCCCAGCCGAGGCCCGGCCGAGCGCGGUGGACAUCGCAGCAGCAGCGACGGCGUCAACGGAGACGAAGCUAACGGUCUGAUCCACAGGAACCGCCCGAGUUCCACUCCAAACCGGGCCUCCGGAACCAGCACGGCAGCGACCAGCAGAACCAGAACACGCUGCGUUCCUGACCCGGAAAUUGUCAUUCCGGGUUUCUUUGAUGAAGACCCGGUCUUUGGAGGCCGACCCGGUUCUGAAGACUUCAGCCACAACACGUCCGGGUCCAGUUCCCCCGUCACCUGUACAGAUGCCUUCGAUCGCCCUCGGCACUCAACCAGCCUCUCCAGUGAUGAUGUCAUGUUCCUCAGCCAAUCACAGCAGAGCCUGUCGCGGAGCUCCACCCUCCCUUAUGACCACGCCCCCCAGAGGGCCCAACCGCAGCGAGGAGGCGGGGCCAGGACUAAGCCCCGCCCAGGUUCUCCAGGAAGUGAGAUGGUGACACUGGAGGAGUUCCUGGAGGAGAGCAACCUGCUGUCUCCGCCCCUGCUGUCCACCGGGGGCGCUGACGAGUUGAUGGCGGACUACUUCAGCCGAAGCCCCGCCCCAUCCGCUGCGUCUGCCAGGGAUCAGGCCACGCCCACCAGCUACGUUUCUCCCACCGUCCACCCGGCCAAUCAGAGGCCGGGUCAGAGUGUGAAGCCCUCCCCUCGACAGCCGGCCGGCCAAUCGCUGAGCAGGGCCUUCAGUCUGGCCUCCGCCGACCUGCUGCGCUCCCAGGGACCCGACAGUUACCGUGGAAACGAGGCAGACGGGGCGGCGCGGUGCGGAGGCGGGGCCAAGCGCGAGCGCCCCCUGUCGGCGCGGUUCGCCGCCACAGACCUCCAGAGUCCCGCCGUCCGCCAUUCGCCAUCCCUCAACCUGCAGACGGAGCGGGGGCGGAGCCACCGCGGAGAGGUCGCCAUGGUGACCCCCGUCAGGGUCGCGCAGCCCGACCCUGCCCCCGAGGGAGGCGGCGCCUCGACGGAGGGACGGCCCUCUGACUCCGCCCAUUCCAACAAAGAUGGCUCCUCGGAGCGACCCAAAAGCACGCCGGCAUCUCCGGACCCCAACAACGACCCGCAGACCGUCUGGUACGAGUACGGCUGCGUCUAAACCGGGUCGGGUCAGAACACAUCCUGGAACAGAACUGGACUCGCUCAGAACCUGGUUCUGACAGGUUCUGCUGGUUCUGAGCAGCCAGCAGGUUGAAUGCUGGGAAGCAGCCCAGAACAUUCCGGCCCGGGUAAACAGAACCGCCCAGUAAUUACAGCCUUCCUCCAUGUUUAGCCGCUGUCCCAGAAUGCACCACUCUGACACGUUCCGGGAAGCAGAACCGCUGGGUCCGACCCAAAACCACUGAGUGUGGGCUGAGGCCCGGCCCAGACGGCUGUGGUUCUGCUGGGCCUCUAGGCCCGGCUGCAGAAACUGGACCUCUGUUAACAGAACCUCAGAACCGGUUUGGUCUGGUUCUGGUUCUAUUAGAACCCAGAGAAACCCGCUUCAUAUCAGAACCUCCAGAACCACCAGUCGGUUCCCCAGAAUGUUCCACUCAGAGUGGUUCUGACCCGGUCCAGCGUCUGGAUCGGGAAUACAGAGAAAUGUGUCGUGAAGAUCCAGUACAGAACCCAACAGAACCAGCUCGGUGUGAAUGUGGUGAGCCCGGGAUCCAGUAAGUCUGGUUCCGGUUCUGGUCCAUAUUUCCUCUACAGGUCUCCUGAACAGAACUUUGGUUCUGACCCGGUUCUGUAUUUUGAAGCUCAUUGUUUCUGGAGGAGAGUUCAGAACCGGAAAUGUUCUGGUUCUGAUCAGCUGGUUUCCCUUUAACAGAUGAUGAUGAUGAUGAUGAUGAUGAAGAAACACUGAAUCGGACCGGUUCUGCCGGUUCUGGAUCAUUUUAUGUAAAUUAUUCUGUAACUUUUGUACAUUUUUAGUUGUAAAUAUUGGAGCCAGAACUCAGCCGGGUCCAGAGGUUCUGCUGGGGUUCUGGUGGACCCGGUUCGGUUCCGGCUGCACUUUGUUCUGUCGCUGCCUGCUGUGAUGUGAUGACUGCUGAAAACGGACCUGUGGUUCUGGUUCUGCUGGACUCGGGAGAAUAAAGAUCUCUAAACCCAAA